AUGAAAAACUCUUGUCUCAGUGACCACAUCCGCUUCUUCUUCUUCUUCUUCUUCUUCUUCUUCUUCUUCUUCUUCUUCUUCUUCGAUCCUUCCUUCCUUCCUUCCUUCCUUCCUUACUUCCUUUCUUCCCUCUCUUGCACUCAAAGGGAACUCGGAGGCCUCGCAGAUGGCCUCAUUGAUCCUGACUCCAAUCCUCCCUCAAACGAAAUUUCCCUACUACCGUGUAUCUUCUUUGCUGUCUAUGGCAACACCUCAAAAAUGUCCAUGAAUCAACAGCUGCCAAGCCGGAUGGUGUCUGAGAAUUUUUCCCUCAAUCUUGUAUUCUCAGAUAGUCCUGAUUUGACACACUUUACUAACAUGUCCUUCAUGGAGUCCAAGAUUCUUAAUGCUUGA